UUCUCAUCGUAGUAUUUGAAAUUUGAUUCAGGUGCUUUGGGUAGUGGGUCCGAUGGAUAAGUUAUCUUUAUUUACAUGAAUAGUCCCCAAUGUUUGUGAAAUGAGUACAAUUUGUUGUACAGACUCUGGAGACCGUGACACUUGUUAAUGGCCGUUUCUCACUCGCCUGUCGCUGCAUGUUAUUAAUCUCAGUCAUGAAAACGCCAGAAACCCAUUUAACCUUAAUCGAAACUUAGCAUAAUAACACUCUCCUUCUUUGUUGCACAUUUUAUUUAUUUUCUAAAAAAAACUACGCUUUUGGCUUUUGAUUAGAUUAUUAUUGCGGUGCGUUUGGUUCACUGGAGUUGUUAUUAAGCAUGAGAUGGGAAAGAGUGGGUGUACAUGGAGGUGGUGGGCCUGGGAAAAGGUGGGGCCACACCUGUAACUCUGUCUUCGGAGGUAAGCUUCUCUACGUCUUCGGUGGCUAUGGCAAAGACAACAGACAUUCCAAUAAAGUUCACGUCUUUGACACUGUUAAUCGAAUGUGGAGCGAGCCAGUGAUGAAGGGAACAUUGCCCACACCUAGGGACAGCCACAGUUGUACAAACAUUGGAGAUAAUCUGUUUGUGUUUGGGGGCACAAAUGGGAGAGAGCCUCUUAACGAUUUACAUAUUUUGGACACUUCUUCAAAUACAUGGAUAUCACCGAGUCUAAGAGGCGAUCGCCCUAAUCCAAGGGAAGGCCACAGUGCAGCACUUAUUGGAAAACGGCUUUUCAUAUUUGGUGGAUGCGGCAAAUACGAUGACACUGAAAUAUACUAUGAUGAUGUUUACGUAUUGAAUACAGGUCUCUCUCUCUCUCUCUCUAUUAUUAAGGUGGCUAAUGGUAGACUGCACGUAGCCAGUACGGAGAAUUUUGCAUUAUGACUUGCGUGUAACAAUGUGAAAUUCCGAACAACUUCAAAAACCAUCGAACUACUGAUAGAAAGAUGAGGGCAAUGGGGAGGGUAGUGAUACAAACUUUAAAUUGGUAGUAAUGGAAGAGGAAAGUGAAGAAAAACAGGAGGCAUCAGCCAGUCGUUUCUGUCUCAAAAUUUUAGUUCUCUUAGGAAUUGAACUCUAAGCAUUGCAACUCUUCAGAAAAGAAACCUCCCCUGUCUAGUAGUAUAUAAUCUGAGAGAAAGUUAGAUGAUCUCUUCAAAGGUGAACUCAAAUUGUUCUUAUCCUAUUGUUCAUAUGCAUUUUGUAUUCUACUGCUACUUAAAUCGCUAAAGUCUUGCACAGUUGUUAGGAAUCCAGUUUUUAGAUCUCAUGCAGCUCUUGGUUUUCUUUUCUAUGAAGUUUAUGGUUUUUAAUCUCACACACACAUAAAAGAAAGAGAGAGA